AUGGUGCUGCAAAACAAGUACAAAGCCAAAGCUUCCAGGCGAUACAACUCUGAGAAGGCUACCACAGAGCACACCGAGCCUUCCUCGUCCAAGCCGGGCUAUCGUACUCGCUUCGCCAACAAGUAUGGCCGCAACAACAAUGGCUUGAACAGGUCUCACGACGGGCAGCAACAAGCAGACAGCGACAGCGACAGCCAAGAUGGCUCGAUCGGCAGCAGCGACGAGGACGAGGACGGAGAUGCAGAGUUUCCUAGCCUCGCAAAGGCCGCUGCGGCCUCCGACCCAUCACAAGCACCUAGACCCGAACAAGAUGCGUCGAAUCCUUCCAGAGGCAAAUACGCACGGCGCAAGCUGGGAGAGAGCAAGCUCGCAAGAUUAGAACGACUCGAAGCCGCAAAGGAUCCUCGGCUACCGGACGACGAAGAGCCAGAGCCCGAAGUCGACAUUUCCAACCUGGUUGCUCGUGUUGCUGCGUUGGGCGACUCUGCCAGCACACAAGCCGGCAUCGCCGAAGAAAUUGCUCGCAGCCGUGGUCAGCACGAGACUGCCUCUGAUGUCGAGAACGACAUUGACCACAGCUUGGCAUACCUCCACGAAAAGGAAAGGCAACGCCAAAAAGCCAAAGGUCGAGGUGGAGCUGUGCACUCGCCGCCGGACGAGGCGAGAAAGGCAGCCUUGGAAGCGCUCAACGUCGAUGCGGACGGCAACGCCAUUGACUAUGAGGCUUUGCAAAAGGAGAAGGAGAAGGCCGAGGCGGUGCGGGCGCUCAAAGCGCGCUUUCAAGGUCAUGGUGUGGGCGAGCGUCAACGUCAGGACGCCAAAACACGCACAGUCCCGUCCAUCCAGAUUGGCCCUCAUGCCGCUUCACCAUCAUCCAGCAAGAGCUCUUCGGGUGAAAGCAUGCCCAGCACCGAUGGCGCCCCGGCCACCGGCACGCUUUCCGACAGCCUCGCCGCCGAGAUCGAAUCCUCGCUGGCUAAGGCACGCAGCAGCAGCGCCAAUGCCGAAACGAGUUCGGUCGCCUCGGGCCGGUCCAGCUUCAGCACCACCUUUGGACGUCGCAAGUCGCCUCUUGCAGCCACAACGACAUCCACUUCGCAAGCCGACAGACCGCACUCCGGCGGGUCGUCUUCUGCUGCCGUUCGCACCGAACGGAUCGACAGCUUCCUGUUCAGCCUCAAUGACCGCAGCCUGGCUGGCGGCAAGGACCCGUCGGUCUUUUCGCUUAGCUCAGCCGGGCUCAACGGCGGCAGCAUCGGCAAAGGAUCGAGUCCACAACUCUAUCGAGGCUCGAACCGCUUCGACCCGCCACGCAUGCCGCAGCAGAAGAGUGCGAUGCCUUCGACGCCGGGCGAAAUGGGAAGGCUCGAGAGCUUCUUAGACGACAUGCUUGGGUAG